UGUGUCAGCAGUUGCUCUGUUACACAGCAUCGCCAUCGUUGUAAAAACUGUAUAAGCGUAGACUUCCGCGGUCAUUGUUACAGUCAGUAAAAUUAUUCUGGGUCUAUGAAACAGUUUUAUUGGCUGUAACAAUGACCGCGAAAGUAUAUGCUUACACAGUUUUUACAGUUUUGCUGUAAUUAAUUUAUUUCUGUUAACUGUGUUAGGGAACGUAAAAUUGUUUGUGUCAUCUUACUGUUGCGAUACGGCGUGAUACAACAGACAGUGGACAGUCAGGUGUCUGAGUUGGUUGUGGUCAUCUCCGUUUCGUGUGCAUAAUUGGAUGGAACGUCUACUCAACACAGUUGUUGUCCAUCAGUUGCACGGAAAGCGUCAUCUCCGUAUAGUCAACACAAAAGCUAUACGAAAGACAAUCUUCAAAAUCAUCUAAAUCAAUAGUAAGGCGAGGCAGAACUACGAAAUGGAAGAUAAAUGAUCCAUGAUCUUACACAUCAAUGAAGCAAAUGUGGCGGGGACGACGAACGUACGCACAAAGAACAUCAUACAAAAGUGCGCGAGUGUUAUAGGUGGUUUGUACUCAUUUGGUGUCAAUUUUCUGUGUAUGUUAUACAAUCUCCCUACUUACACAACUAGACGGUUUGCAGUGGCCCACAAACGCCUGCCAUGUGUCAGUUGGGAAUCCUCGCUGUUAACUCAGCCGCCACCGGACCGCGAAGGAGGGACCUCUGCCUGUCUGCCCAGCCCGGGCAGGCAACACCGCGCCAUCCUCCCGCCCCAGCUCCUCAGCGUCGGUCCAGACUUUGACUCCGGGCACCGCCAUCGAACGACGCGACCUUCCGCAUUAGAGAAGACCUGGUGGCCGCCCGUGACGGCAGCGCGGCCGCAUCCUGCCCCCUCAGCUCGCCUCGGAUACCGGAACCGCGAGCGCAGCCCUCUGUCUCCCGAGCAGAGCGAGGACACCGCCCGCCGUCGCAACGUCUGCAGCUACGACGCCGGAAUAUCACGAGGGAACUCCGGACUGCGCCAGAGAAUGGAGCAAAAUCAGAAGAAUGUCUGAACUGUAUGAUUUAGUAAAGAACUAAUAAAGACUUGUAGUGUCUUGUAACCUCCCAACAGCCGGCCGCGGUGGCCGUGCGGUUCUAGGCGCUGCAGUCCGGAACCGCAGGACUGCUACGGUCGCAGGUUCGAAUCCUGCCUCGGGCGUGGAUGUGUGUGAUGUCCUUAGGUUAGUUAGGUUUAAGUAGUUCUAAGUUCUAGGGGACUGAUGACCUAAGACGUCCCAUAGAGCUCAGAGCCAUUUGAACCAUUUUUUUAACCUCCCAACAGGAAAAAAUGUAAGUAUAUAAUUUACAUUUAGUAUAACCUACCAACAGUAAAAAAUAUAUAAUUCACAUUCAGUGUAACCUCCCAACCGCAAAAAUACGUAUAACAUUCACAUUUAGCGUAAUCUCCCAACAGUUUAUUAUUCCGUAACCUCACAAUAUGGUUCAAAUGGCUCUGAGGACUAUGGGACUUAACUUCUGAGGUCAUCAGUCCCCUAUAACUUAGAACUACUUAAACCUAACUAACC